AUGGAUAUGGGAUUCAGUGAUUCGUCUGAUGAAUCCGUAUUUGGAAUCAUGCCAAAGAGACGAAGAAAUAGAAUACUUUCAUCAUCAUCAUCGGACACGGCAACUGAUAGAAAUACCACGGAGGAAGAAGUUUGGGAGUCUGAUGAGGAACAAGAUGAUGAUGCGGAAUGGCGGAAAAUAGUAGAAAAAUCUGCAUCAGAGGAAGAGUGUUCGGACGGAGAAGAGUUAUUGAUGGAAGAGACGGACUGCGACGAUCCUGUUGCAAUAUAUAAACUAUUCUUCACGGACGAGAUAUUAGAGACCAUCGUUGAAGAGACUAACAGAUACGCUGUACAGUGCAUGGUGAAUGCGGCAUAUGGCAGGAGACAACAUCAACAACGAUGGAACCCUGUCACAACAAGCGAACUGAAUACCUUUAUUGGUAUAUUGCUCAUUAUGGGUGUAGUGCAGGUACCCGAACUUCGAUUAUAUUGGUCCAAUAAGGCGAUGUAUGCAAAUGCGCGUAUAAAGAAAGCUAUGAAACGCGAUCGAUUCUUAGCAAUACUGAAAUACUUACAUUUUUCUGACAAUGCUACGGCUAGAACCGAGGAUCGGUUACAUAAGCUCCGAAAUGUAGUAGAUAAAAUUAUUCGAACGUUCAAAGAUGCAGUAAAACCCGGAAAAAAUAUAACGGAUACACAUAUAACGUGCAUAUUUAUUCCGGAAAAACAGAAACGAGGAUUUUAA